AUGGGGGACAAGAAGAUGAUGAAGAAAGAGAAAAAUCCAUCCCCGAAAAAGGCAGCAGCCGGCCGCCGCCGGUACUUCAAGAAGGAAUUCGAACGGCCUAGUUUCCCAAUCACCGUCGGUGAAAGAGACUGGAGACGGCAGGACAUUAUACAUGUCAACAAAUCGGGAUCCGGCGUGGUCACCAAGUCAUGGGUUGUCCCAUCUUCCUCCUCUUGCAACCUUAAUCAGCCGCCGCGUAAACAUUCGUGGCCGCAGCUUGCCCUAAUCGACAUCCCUCCCGAAAUUCAAGCGACUAACGAUACCGGAAAAUACAGCCUCAAGGGUUUUUUCCAUCAACGCCAAGUGACAUUGCAUUGUAGCGAGAGAUACCUUCUCUGGGGCCCGGACUAUUACAAUCUGCCCAGAGAUAGCAGUGUUCACUUCAGAACCGAGAGCUCCGGCAGCUUCCAAUUCGUCAUAACCGGCCUUACAUCACUCGCUUUCCCAUUUCCUAAAGGAGUCGAACAAUAUAACGCCGGCAAAUUCAGCUAUUACUGGCGUUAUGUGUCGAUAAUGAAGAGCUGCACGGUUAUCGAGCCUUUCUCAACAACCCAUCAUCAGUACAUGGAGUUGACCAACUUUAUCGGGCUCGGAGGAGAGAAAUACUACGCCAUUAGCCAGCAGGGCAGCCUUGCGGUUAUCGAGUACAGUGAAGGUUUGGGGGAUUACGAAAUUACCCGUUUGGGAAAAAACCGAGCUGUCCCUAGUAAGGCAUGCCGGCACUUUAGGGAGCAUUUGUUCAAGUACAAAGGUGGAAUCUUUUUGGUGUUUUUGCUGUCGAGGGCUUCGGUGAAUGUGGUGGAUGACGUGGAGGUUUUUGGGCUGGACGAGUCGAGCCUGUGUUGGAAGGAAGUCGAGAAGCUUCCGGAUGAUACCGUGUUUUUCGUGGAGGACAAGUGGUGCUUGGGGGUCUCGGCGAGUUUAUUCGGGUGCAAAAGGGGGGAAAACUGCGUGUACUUCUCGUACGAGAGGGCCGAUACUUGGUUUUGUUUCGACAUGAAAACGAGCUGCAUUUCGGUUACAGAGGGACCAGUGGAUGAUCUUCUGGCCUCGGAUUGA